CAAGAUGGACUGUGUCCGCAUCGCCACUAAAGCUGCCAUACUGGUGACCCAGCUAACUACUCCGUACCUCCGCAUCGUACCAGCGGCUGGUGACGACCAACUAACAGGAGCGGCCACCCGUAAGCCUGACGCGGUAGAGCCAGAGAAACAGACUGACCACACAGUGAAGAUAGCCGGAGUCAUUGCUGGCAUCCUCCUCUUCGUCAUUAUCUUCCUCGGAGUCGUCCUCCUCAUGAAGAAAAGAAGAACCUACCACUCCUACACUUACUACCUGAAGUUGGCUAAGAAGCGUAAAGAGACGUUGAGCAGCACUCGACAGGAGAUGACAGUGAUGGUUAACUCUAUGGAUAAGAGUUAUACGGAGCAGGGGACAAACUGUGACGAGGCCUUGUCCUUCAUGGACACACACAGCCACACGCUCAACACCAGGAGUGAGUGUACCCUCACAAUCAAUGGGAGAACUGCAUCUUCCCCCUCCUCCUUCACCCUGAAUAAGUCUAAUACUCUCAGCACAACGCUUCUCAAGUCCUACUACCCAGAUCCCUUUGUGCCAACUGCUAUCUUAGUGCCCAUAAAUGGUAAGUCACCAGGACCCCCUGGUCUUGGCCUUGGUUUGGGGAAGGAGGUGAUGUCACAGGAACACACAGAUGACAACGAGAGCCAGACGAUGGGUGGUAGUAGCUGCAGUGACACCAGUAGUCUGGUCCAGUCUCACGGCCACUCCCUGAGAAAGCGAGAGGGGACAGUAGACGCGCCCUACCAGACAGGCCAGCUCCACCCUGCUAUCCGAGUAGCCGACCUGCUGCAGCACAUCACACAGAUGAAGUGUGCGGAGGGAUACGGCUUCAAGGAGGAGUACGAGAGCUUCUUUGAGGGACAGUCCGCUCCGUGGGACUCCGCGAAGAAAGAUGAGAACCGGAUGAAGAACCGAUAUGGGAACAUUAUUGCGUAUGAUCACUCCCGAGUCAGACUUCAGCCCCUGGAGGGAGAGCAGAACUCCGAUUACAUUAAUGCAAAUUACGUUGAUGGUUACCACAGGCCCAAUCAUUACAUCGCUACCCAGGGUCCGAUGCAGGAGACGGUGUUUGACUUCUGGAGGAUGGUGUGGCAGGAGAACACGGCUGCUAUCGUCAUGGUCACCAACCUGGUGGAAGUGGGCAGGGUGAGUCCACUGCUGACUGUGUAAAAGUACAGCCUAUUCCCUUCGCUAAUGCAUUACUUAGAGUGCUAGGUCAGUAGGGACGGUGCCUAACGUGUGAAUCUCAA